AUGUCUACCAGAAGGCUCUCUGGUAGACAUGAAAAAGGAGUCAUUCGGAGUCAUUUGGACAUGAUCCACGAACUGAGCGGAGGAUUAAACAUACCUCUCCCCCGUGCUGGCCGCACAUCUGGAAUAAGAUGCAGCCUGGCGCUGGGUCUCCGGCGCCGAGGUUCGCGCCUGCGGCCUCCCAGCCGCCUGGCGCCCCCGCCCCACAGGCCUCGGUGGGGAAAGCGGGGGGCGGAGUUCUCCGCGCUCUCGGGAGGGGGCGGGGGCGGGGCCGCGCCGAGACCCUGCGGCCCCCGCCCGGCGACCCCGCGCCGUUCGCGCGGCUGCUGCGCCUCGGGAGGAGCCGCCGGAGACCCGGCCCUGCGGCGCCUGACAGCCGGUCCGCACGGCUCCUUGCCCUCGCGUCCCUCUUUCUUGCUUACUUUCCUCUCUCGUUCCUUCCUCCCGCCCCCCAACCGCGGCGGCGGCGGCGGCGGUGACAGAAACGUCUGGAACACCCGGGCUGAGAGAACUGCCCGCCGAGCCGCUCGCGGGCCCCGCCGCCUCUGGGCUCCUCUGGGCUCGUCUUCCUCUGUGCGCCCGCGGUGGGCUCGAGGGACUGGCCUUCGCCACCCACCCCCGCCCCCAGAGCCCGGCGGUCGUUGGAGGCCGGCUGUCCUUGGACGGAGGGAGUCGCUCUUCUGCUCGGAGAAAUACUGGCGAGGAGAGCAGAUGGGCGCUGUCCCCUGGCAAUGUCCCCGCAGCCAGGAGGAUGCUGUAGUUCCUUCCGUCCUGGAGAUUGGAGCUAGGUCCCAGAGAGUAACAGAAAAGUGGAGGGAAGAGCUGCCUCCAUCCCCGCAGCUCGAGAGAAUUGUGGUACAGACCCAAACGCUUGCAGAUUGACGAAAUGCAAAGAGCCUGGAUGUGCUGCUGGCUAGAGAUUCAACCCCAGCCUUGUUUCAUCCCAAAGCUGAUUCAUUUCCAUUGCAGGGGUCAGGAGCGCAGGAAAAGGAUCCCAGCCGAUUUCAGACAUUGGUUAUCCGUGUGAAGCCCAGUGAUCGAGAAGGAAAUCUGGUCAUAACCAGCUUUUGGUGGAGAAAAAAGGACCCCGGGGAGCUGUGAGACCUGGACAUCUCCCCAGGGCCAGCUUGUUUGGAGAGCCUCUGUCUUGCUGGUAGCUGCUGGACUAGGGCCUGGGCCCGAGAAGUUUGCUCUCUGGUGCUUUCUCUGGCGCCUGGAGAGCUGUCAUGAAGAGAAGCUCCUGGACCUUAAUAGAUGUGGAUCUUGGUUGAUGUCUUUAUGGGGAAGCUGGCAAGGUGGGGGCUGUUGUCCUUCCAGUGCCACGGAUCAUAACUGAGCUCCAGGGAGCUGAGGACUGAGCCUUCCUCUGUGGUCCCAGCCCCUAAGGCCUAGCAGGUCCGUGAUGGAUGUUUGGUGAGUCGGGGUGAGGGGGAAUAAAUCAGGUCCUCCUUGUGGGUACAGGUGCCUAUGUGAUCCGGCCCCUGUGUCUCUCCCCAACCUCAUCCCAUCUCUCUCAUCUUUGUUCUUAUCACACUGGCUUUCCUUUAGGCCUUUGAAAAUGUCCAGCUGUCACCUCUAGUCCAGGGGGUGUCGAAUUAUUGCCCUUAGUCCAAAUUUGUCUUGCUACCUAUUUUUUAUAAUUGAAUGAUUCUUUAAAUUCUAUA